UGCAAUUAUUUUUAUAAAGAAAGUCUACAAAAGAUCGAGGACUUGGGUCUUUAAUCGUCAGCUAUUCAUUUCCUGGACAUGAAAAAAAAAGUCAGUUGCCAAAACAGCAAAUCCGUUGGGUUUUUUCCCCCAAAAAGUUUAAAAUCUGCAGAGGUUUGCUGCAAAGGAGAGCCUCCAAAUGCAUCCGAAACAUCUCUCGAUCGACGACUUCCAUUGCCAUUUAAAGAUUUAAGGCCCUUCCAUUUGAAAAUCCCCUCCUUUUCGCUUCCCUCCACUGAUGAAAUGCACGUUAUAAUUAGUGUUUUUUUUUUUCAACCGGCGCUUCCCUCUUCCUGUUUCAAGUCGCUGCGAAAGUUGCGUGGCCCUCCCACUUUCCGGCGUGCCUUACGCCUCACCUGUGCGUAACUCCUUCCGGGAAUCGCCCUCUUUUUGGCGCAGCCCGCCGGCGUAGGUGUGGGCCUAGGCGGCCCCUUCGGAGCCUCGGACUGGAGUGAGAGGCCACCCCGCUUGAGACGACCGGGAGGCUGGGGAAAUCUACGCGGCCCGAUGCGGCCUUUCUCCGGCUCCAGGACGGGCUAGCUGCUUCGAGGGUGAUUAUCUACACCAGCUGGUGAGAAACACCUCUGCUCUGGAAAGUGUCUUCCCCGUAAACCGGAUUAUGACCUGAAUAAGACGGACAUGUCUGCUGAUCCCCGGCCAGGCUGGAGGCCCUGGAGAAGCCGGCCGAAGGAGGAAGAAGACACAGCGCUAAGGACAGGUCCAGGCACACAGUUGGGUGAGCCGGGGAAAUAUGCCUAUGCUGCUCUCUGUGCGGUUUCCUUGGCCUCGUUGUUUCCGGAUCAGGAAGAAAGUGCCUACAGGACGGGAGUGGUGGAGAACCUGGUCAGGUGGCUGGAAUUGUCGGACACUGUGAUGCCAUCCAUGCUGGCCUUUGCUGGAGGUCUGGGGGCUGAAGGGACAGAGACCUUCACUCAGAUUCUUCUGAGCGAGCCGCUUCUGAAGGAUGAGCCUGGCGCCAUUAUGCUGAACCUGGUCUCCUUUUCUCUCAAGGAUGGCUACUACGAUGCUCGCAUGCGAGUGCUUCUGUCCCACAUGGCCGGGUUGCUGGGGAUCCCGUUGGCAGAAUUGGAAGACGCUGAGGACUAUCUGCUUGAAUGUCUGAAGGAGGAAAAAGAGGUGGAAUCGGAAACCGAUGAAGGCAAGCGGAAGAAGAAGGAGAGAAGGAAGAGGUUGAAGCGGUACCUGCUGAUUGGCUUAGCGACUGUAGGCGGAGGGACAGUCAUCGGCCUGACCGGGGGGUUGGCUGCCCCCCUGGUGGCUACUGGAGCAGCGGCCAUCAUCGGGACCGCUGGGGCCACGGCCUUGGGGUCAGUAGCCGGGGUGGCCAUUAUCGGUUCUCUCUUCGGAGCCGCUGGAGCAGGACUUGUGGGGUACAAGAUGAAAAAGCGCGUGGGGGCCAUCGAAGAAUUCGAAUUCCUUCCCUUAACCGAAGCGAAGCAGCUCCAUAUCACCAUCGCCAUCACCGGCUGGCUUUCUCCGGGGAAAUACGGCAGUUUUACGGCUCCCUGGAGCAGCCUGUUACAGUCCAAGGAGCAAUACUGCUUAGCCUGGGAGUCCAAGUACCUGCUGGAGCUGGGCAGCACCCUGGACGCCUUGUGGAAUGGCUUGGUCAACAUGGUCGCUCAGGAGGCCCUGAAGUACACCGUCCUGGCGGGGAUUGUGACAGCCCUCGCCUGGCCUGCUUCUCUGCUGGCGGUGGCUGGUGUGAUCGACAACCCCUGGGGUGUGUGUCUCCAUCGCUCCACUGAGGUCGGAAAACACUUGGCACAGAUACUUCUCAGCCGGCAGCAGGGCAAGCGGCCGGUGACCCUGAUUGGGUUCAGUCUUGGCGCUAGAGUGAUCUACUUCUGCCUGCAGGAGAUGGCCAAGGAGAAAGAUUGCGAAGGGAUCAUUGAAGAUGUGGUGCUGUUGGGGGCCCCCAUAGAAGGCGAUCCGAAAUCCUGGAAACUGAUCACCAAAGUCGUUUCAGGCAGGAUCAUCAAUGGCUUUUGCAGGGGGGACUGGCUGUUGAGAUACGUCUACCGCACCGCCUCCAUUCAGCUGAGCGUCGCAGGGCUUCAGCCUGUCUGCCUGGAUGACCGCCGGAUGGUGAACGUGGAUCUGUCUUCCGUCGUCAAUGGCCACCUGGACUACAUGAAGCAAAUGGACGGCAUCCUGAAGGCCGUGGGGCUCAAAACAAGACAGCAAGAACAAGGGGGCCUCCUUGGGAUUCUUACCCCCAGCGAGGAGGAGAAACAGGGGAUGCCUCCCGAUGGCGCAGCCUCUGUGGGGCCCAGUGGGCUGGGCAGGCCUGACGUGGAUGGAGCCAAGGAAGGGGAAGGCCUCAACGGCCAUGAAGACUCCUGGUGCUGGGAGCCAGUCUCCGCUCCUGGGCAGGAAUGUGAGGUUUCUCCAGCCAGGGUUUCUAAAGAGGAACAGCCUCAUGAAAUCCUCUCCCCAUCCUCCUCCUCCUCUCCCUCUUGAUAUCGCCCAAAUCUUCUCUGCGGACCUCGGGGUGCCCGGACACCCAGAGGAAAUGCAUUUUGCACGGACGGAGCCGUUCCGAAGGACUGUGUCUUUUUUCUCCUGUGCCUUAGUCUCAGACAAGCGGGGAACCUCAGAAAUGCUGGCGUCAGAGUCAGCAAGCCCCUCUCCGCUCUUUUUCUCCGACGCCUGGUAUCCUGCCCCCGAACGUGGAGGUGUUCUGACCUGGGCUUCCCAAAAGCACGAAGCCGACUCCUCAUCCCGAGAAAACCCCUUUUAUUUAAGUUAAAGG